AGUUGAUAACUCAAAAUAUGAACAUCCGUUACAUCCCUGUUGGUGUCGUCCUUCUCAUCAUGAUGGUGGUCGGGUAUUCCGAUCAAUACUCUCAACUAGAUGCUAUGCUCAACAAUGACUCACUAGACCCAUCGGAUGGCGUAGUCUAUCGUUGGUAUAAAUCUGGAGAUACGCUGAUGGGUGUCGACCUUUCCAAUUGUCUGGCUCCUGGGAUCUAUUGUUACGUAGCCGUCGAUAACACUGGACAGAAAGAAGUGACUAUCGGCGUCGUCAAACACAAGAUUCCGUAUCAGGGAAUGCCGAAUAAUAUAGAGAAACUCAUCAGGAAGAAAAUGAAGAAGAAGAAUGGGGUACUCGGCUAUAUUACAUAUGUUUACGUGCGUGAGGAUCGGCGUGGACAAGGGAUCGCCAAAACUCUUCUAGAAGAGAGCUUUCAUUUGAUAUCUGUAACCAUACCCUCAUUCGGUGCUAUGUCUCUGGUAGUGAGAUAUAACAAUGCAGCUGCCAUCGCGCUAUACAAGAAAGUCGGUUACGAGCUGAUCAUCAAUAUAACAAAAACCGGCUACAGUUACUACGCUCGUUAUCCUUAGCGUUGACGGGUACUGCUACGAUGCUCAAUUGUUGUUCGCUUCUCUAUGGAUUCUGUUGGUAGUUCGCUCACCUGCAGUAUGUUCGCAAUACUCCUUUAUUGUGUCGAUCUUAACCGAAACGGUUGUCCCUUAUUCCGUGUACUUUUGCUUAGUAGAAUCAGUGGAAUCCCGUAUAAGGUGAAAGACAUUCUCUCGCGUCUUAUUUUUUCAACUUUUCUCUGGAUUCAUUCCCAAAGCAAUUUUUCAAUGGUUUUAUGGUCGAAUAUCGAAUACACUCAUGUCUCUU